UCAUUCUGAGUGCAUACAGUCGGCGAACCUCUUACCUAACCUGUGCACACAGAAGCGAACAUGCCUUUCAUUGAUUUGGAAUCGAACUUGCCAGCGAGUAAAUUCACAGAGGAGUUUUUGAAGAAAUUAUGCAGUGCCACCGCCACUGCGCUGGGGAAACCGGAAGAAAGAAUGAACCUGGUGGUUAAAGCGGGACUACCCAUGCUCAUAGCCGGAUCCUGUUCGCCGUGCGUGAUGCUGUCUGUGUCCGCUAUCGGCGUUACUGACACGGCAGAAAAGAACAAGGAGCACAGUGCGAAGAUAUUUCAGUUCCUUACCGGGGAACUGGGUUUGAGCGAAGACCGGAUUGUCAUCCGGUUUUAUGCGCUGGAACCAAUGCAGGUGGGCAAGAAAGGGACCGUGAUGAGUUUUCUGUGAUGAGAAGCUGCUUCCUGUGAUGAGAAGCUGCUUCCUGUGAUGAGAAGCUGCUUCCAGUGGGAGUCUGAUGAAUUGAAAAUGCCAUUCCUGGUUUGAGGACGAGAAGUGAGAAACACCUACAGCAGGCCUAAUGGCCUCCACUAUCUCUGCUCUUACUACAAGGACAAUUACCACUGAUAUCAGUUGUGUAACGCUGGAUAAUGUAGCACACUUUCAGCACGCUGAGUAGGAUAUCCUAAUAUUUUAACUGAAUUGAAUAGUUUCUGCAGAAGGCCUGCAGGCAUAGAAGAUUAAAAUCUGGCUUCACAAAUAAUAAUAAAAACAACUGACUGAAAUUGUAUUUUUGUUUGUGAAAUAAAGUAAUCAUUUCAACA